CCCCCCCACAAAAAAAAAAUCAGAUUUUAUAUGUAGUCUAUUGAAUUUGUUCGAUUUUUUUUUUUUUGAAUUCAAAUGCUCUUCCGCUUAUAAUGCAAAAUCCAAAGCUCAGAUGUUUCCUUUUGGGAUUCAAUUUCACUAACGCUAGGGUCUCCACCUUGUUUGAUUCACUCCCUUUCAUACUCCCAAAUACUUCUUCUGCCAGGUUCUAUCUUCCUCUACGACGCCGUUUAUGCGGGUACGCCGUAGAGCAGUUCUCAGACGAUGAAUACGAGUGUGAUUUCGAGAGUCAUAAGGCGUCGUCUUCGGUUGCCAACAUUGAUGAAUGGAAAUGGAAACUCGGCAUGCUGUCACGUAGUGAAAAUGACCAAGAAAUUAUAUCUAGAGAUAAAAGAGAUAGGAGAGACUAUGAACAAAUUUCCAACCUUGCUAAAAGGAUGGGACUUUACAGUGAAAUGUAUGGAAAAGUGGUUGUUGCAAGCAAGGUUCCACUUCCUAACUAUAGGCCAGAUUUGGAUGAUAAACGGCCACAACGGGAGGUUGUUGUACCAUUAGGCUUACAAAGGAGAGUUGAGGGUUUACUGCAAGAGUACCUUGAUCGGCUGCAGUUAAAUUCUGGGAAGGUUGGCGAGAAUUCAGAUAUUGCUAAUUCCAUUGAUCCGGCUGAAUAUGUGAACCCAGAUGAGAAUCCAGAUUCAUUUCUGGAUAGUUCUGUUAUGGAAAAGGUUCUUCAAAGGAGGAGUUUGCGAUUACGGAACAUGCAAAGAGCUUGGCAGGAAUCACCUGAAGGCAAGAAGAUGAUGGAAUUUCGGAAAUCUCUGCCUGCAUUCAAGGAAAAGGAAAGGCUUCUGCAAGCAAUUGCACGUAAUCAGGUCAUAGUGAUAUCGGGGGAGACUGGAUGUGGCAAGACCACUCAACUUCCACAAUACAUAUUGGAGUCAGAAAUAGAAACUGGUCGUGGAGCAUUCUGUAGCAUAAUUUGCACACAGCCUCGAAGAAUAUCUGCUAUGGCAGUUGCAGAAAGAGUGUCUUCAGAAAGAGGAGAGCCACUUGGGGAAACAGUUGGUUAUAAAGUUCGAUUAGAGGGAAUGAAAGGGAAAAAUACCCAACUGCUUUUUUGUACCAGUGGAAUUUUACUCAGGCGGCUGCUGAGUGACCGGAACUUGAAUGGUAUAACUCAUGUUUUUGUUGAUGAAAUACAUGAGCGAGGAAUGAAUGAAGAUUUUCUACUUAUUGUGUUGAAGGAUCUUCUUCCACGUCGCCAAGAUUUGAGAUUAAUUUUAAUGAGUGCCACUUUGAAUGCUGAGCUUUUCUCCAAUUAUUUUGGCGGGGCACCUAAAAUUCACAUUCCAGGUUUUACGUAUCCGGUCAGGGCACAUUUUCUGGAAGAUGUUUUGGAAUUUACUGGAUAUAAGUUGACUUCUUUCAAUCAAAUUGAUGAUUAUGGCCAAGAGAAAAUGUGGAAAAUGCAGAAGCAACUUGCCCCACGGAAAAGGAAAAACCAGAUUACUGCUCUUGUAGAGGAUGCUCUCAACAAAUCAAGCUUUGAGAAUUAUAGUUCAAGAGCACGUGAUUCUCUUGCAUGUUGGAUGCCUGAUUGCAUAGGAUUCAAUCUUAUCGAAGCAGUUCUAUGCCAUAUAUGCCGAAAGGAAAGACCAGGUGCUGUGCUAGUAUUUAUGACUGGUUGGGAAGAUAUCAGUUCUUUGAGGGAUCAACUUAAAGCUCAUCCUCUUUUGGGAGAUCCUAACAGGGUUCUGCUUCUAACAUGCCAUGGUUCUAUGGCAACAUCUGAACAGAAAUUAAUAUUUGAGAAACCGCCUCCCAAUAUACGUAAAAUUGUUCUUGCUACAAAUAUGGCAGAGGCAAGCAUUACAAUCAAUGAUAUAGUUUUUGUGGUAGAUUGUGGAAAAGCAAAAGAGACCACAUACGAUGCUCUCAAUAAUACACCAUGUUUGCUACCUUCCUGGAUAUCUCAAGCAUCAGCCCGGCAAAGAAGGGGUAGAGCUGGUCGUGUGCAGCCAGGCGAAUGCUACCACCUAUAUCCAAGAUGCGUUUAUGAAGCUUUCUCUGAGUAUCAACUUCCUGAACUUUUGAGAACUCCUUUGAAUUCUCUCUGCUUGCAAAUAAAAAGUUUGCAGGUUGAAAGCAUUGGAGGAUUCUUGUCAGCAGCUUUGCAAGCACCAGAACCAUUGGCUGUCCAAAACGCCAUUGAUUUUCUAAAAAUGGUUGGAGCACUAGAUGAGAAGGAAAAUCUCACUAAUCUAGGAAAGUUUUUGGCAAUGCUUCCUGUAGAUCCCAAGCUUGGGAAAAUGCUAAUCAUGGGUGCCAUCUUCCGUUGCUUUGAUCCUGUAUUAACAAUAGUGUCUGGACUUAGUGUCAGGGAUCCUUUUCUUUUGCCUCAAGACAAGAAGGAUUUAGCUGGGACAGCCAAGUCUAGAUUUUCUGCGAAAGACUACAGUGAUCACAUGGCUCUUGUCCGUGCUUAUGAAGGCUGGAAGGAUGCGGAAAGAGAAGGAUCAGCAUAUGAGUAUUGUUGGAGAAACUUCCUGUCUGCACAAACUCUUCAGGCUAUUCAUUCUCUUAGGAAACAAUUUGGUUAUAUUCUAAAAGAAGCUGGCUUGGUAGAUGCAGAUGUAGCUGCAAACAAUAAAUUAAGUCACAACCAGUCUCUAGUUCGAGCUGUCAUAUGCUCUGGACUCUUUCCUGGAAUAGCAUCUGUAGUGCACAGAGAGACAUCAAUGUCUUUUAAAACAAUGGAUGAUGGCCAGGUUUUGUUAUAUGCUAAUUCUGUGAAUGCACGGUACCAAACAAUACCUUAUCCGUGGCUAGUGUUUGGUGAAAAAGUAAAGGUCAAUACAGUUUUCAUACGUGACUCCACUGGCGUAUCAGAUUCUAUAUUAAUGCUCUUUGGUGGUUCUCUAAGCCGUGGGGCAGAGGUUGGGCAUUUGAAAAUGUUGCAAGGGUACAUUGAUUUCUUCAUGGAUUCUACCUUGGCUGAAUGCUAUUUGAAGCUCAAAGAAGAACUUGAUAGACUUAUUCAGAAGAAGCUUCAAGAUCCUAGUGUUGAUAUUCUCCAGGAAGGGAAGUACCUUAUGCUUGCAGUUCAAGAGCUAGUGUCUGGAGAUUUAUGUGAAGGGCGAUUUGUUUUUGGCCGUGCAAGUAGGAAGCCCAAGGAUUCUGCUGACAACAGUAGAUUCACGAGGGAUGGAACAAAUCCAAAGAGCUUGCUACAGACUUUGUUAAUGAGGGCUGGGCACUCACCUCCAAAAUACAAGACGAAGCAUCUAAAGACAAAUGAGUUUAGGGCACUAGUGGAAUUCAAAGGAAUGCAGUUUGUGGGAAAGCCCAUGAAAAACAAGCAGCUUGCUGAGAGGGAUGCCGCUGUAGAAGCAUUGGCAUGGUUGACUCAUACCUCUGACAAUAGUCGUGGUGAUGAUGGUUCCCCUCUUGAUGUCACUGACAACAUGUUAAAACUUUUGGGGAAGCGUCGAAGAUCAAAAAGACGAUAGGUAUCCUUUUCUCUAUUGCUGCGUGAUGUGCCUUUCCAUUGUAGCUCUAAGUGGCCUGGAGUCGGGGGUUUAAAACGAAGAGAACUUUCGAUAUCUACUGCUGAUUGGUGCUCAAAUUGUUUCAAUGAUCAAUUACCGAAACUCGGUGACAUCAGAGUGAGGAGCUGGCUCAAGGAACGUCUGAGGGAUCUGCAUCAGAUGUCUGAGCUGAUCGCUGAAACAGAGAAUGUAGAUCUCUGAAACAAAUACAUGAUGUAUGUAUAAAUUAAGGUAACUCUCCUCGCAUGCAAGCAUCAACCGUCAUAAAAGCUGAUGAUUGCAUUUGCAUGUAGGCUGCUGCAUUGAGCUCUGUAAAGAAAUAGUUCUGCAAUUAUAUUUUUGCAGGAUUUAAGGAUUAUUUAAACAUUUUAGGUUUUUUUAAGAAAAAUGCAAUAAUUAUAGGUUUAUUUCUAUAAAAAUCAUUUUAAUAA